AUGGCGUCAAUCUUGAUCCGAAAGCGUUCCCAAGACGCAACAGCCUUUGUCGGAGAGAAAUGGGUAUAUAACUUCAUUUCCCGGCAUGAUUCCUUGAAAAGUCGGUUUUCUCGUCAGAUCAGCUAUAAGCGGGCGAAGUGUGAGGAUCCUAAGGUUAUACAAGCCUGGUUUCAACGCGUACAAGCCGCCAUCGCCAUGUACGGGAUUGCUGAUGAAGAUAUCUACAAUUUUGAUGAAACAGGCUUCGCCAUGGGCCUGGCAGCCACUGCUAAGGUGGUGACACGUUCGUCCUGUGAGGGAAGGCCCUUUCUUAUACAGCCUGGAAAUCGGGAAUGGAUAACUUCAAUUGAGUGUAUUAAUGCCGCCGGAUGGGUGUUACCGGCAUACUUGGUAGUGAAGGCAAAGACUUAUACACAAGCCUGGUUUGAAGGCAAUACACCUUCUUCAUGGCGUAUCAAUAUAUCGUCAAAUGGAUGGACUAACCGGGAAAUCGGUGAACACUGGCUCAAGGAACACUUUAUUCCUUAUAUUAAGGACCGGAGAACAGGCCAAUAUAGCCUCUUAGUCCUUGACGGACAUGACUCCCAUUUAACACCUCAUUUUGAUGAUAUAUGUCGUCAAUAUGAUAUUAUACCGAUCUGCAUGCCCGCCAAUUCCUCUCCUCGCUGUCAACCGUUGGAUAUAGCCUGCUUUUCACCAUUGAAAAGCGCCUACAGCAAUCUUAUUGAAAGGCUUGUACGAGCAGGAUAUCAUCAUAUCGAUAAAGUUGACUUUCUUGAUAUAUAUCCAGAAGCCCACGUCCAAGCCUUUAAGAAGGCCAAUAUCCAGAGUGCUUUCAAAGCCUCCGGAAUUGUUCCUUUUGACCCGACAAAGGUUCUGGAUAACCUCAUCUUCUGCAGAGAGGAGAGCCGGCCAAUAGAGCAUGAAAACCUUCAACUUCGUGAGACUGUUGAACGACAAAAAAGAAAGCAGCAGCGCAAUCAACACCAGAUGCAUGGUCUGGAUGGCUUCACAAUUCAGGAAGCCCGUGAGGCCUUCGCCAACGCGCAGGCUGCGGAGGAAGCAGCUGGUGAUACAGGACCUCUGGAUAGUCAGCCACGUCGGCGGGCGCCGCCGCGGUGUAGUCGGUGUCAUGUUGUUGGACAUAUACGUACAAGAUGCCCGAAUCAAACCAUCUAA